GAGUGUAGUGUCAGGUUGCGUCAUCAAUCAUCGCACCGCACGCAAUUCAGAAAAAAAAAAUUGUUUGCAAACAAACAAAAUUAUUGCUAAGAUUUAAAUUAAUUUAUUUUAAAAUAAUUAUUUUUCUUUUAAAUUAUUUCAAAAUAAAAACUAUAAAAUGCAAAAAUUAUAGAAACGCAAUUCCAUCAGCCCAUCGCGGCUUCAAAAAGCAUCAAGUACUAACUUAAACGUGAAGCCUGUUCGGGCAAGAUUGAUAACAAAAACUUGCGUGUGCCUGUGUCCGCCGCUUAUUAAAUGCAAAUUAAAAUGUCUGCAAACAAAGAAGACAAACCGAAGACCGUCCUACUGUUCCAUAUAUCACAAAGCCUUUUUAAAAACAAACGCCUUAAAAGACGACGUCUCGCCAAUAAAAUUAAAAAUAAACCCCCCAAAAAACGCUCUAAACCUAAACCAAAAUCCAAAAGUGCACCAAUCAAUGGACAUCCCUCCCCAUCACCCAAUUUAGCUGCAUUAUUUUCUGAGACCAUUGAAAUCGAGUCCACAGAUGACGAACAUAAAACAGAAGACAGGGAACCACCGCCUCCAUGUAUCGAAGACGUCAAAACACGACCAUCCGAAAUUGAAACCAGCAUAAUUCUCUCAUCGGACAAUGAAGACGAAGUAGCUACGCAAGCCAGGAUCUUCCCCAUGCUAACCAGCGAGACGACAGUACAGACAGCAGUGGGCAACAACAUAUUCGAGCUAUCGCUUACCCAGCUUAAGGAGAAUCUACAAACAAUCACAAAGAAGCGGAAGAAACACAGGGACAGCAAACGACUCAGCAAAAGACUGAACAAAAGCAACUUGUCGGUGUCGGGAGAUCUCAGUAUAUCACUUUUAUCGGACGACGAGGACGGAGGAGAGGAACAUCGGAAAGACAAUAACCUAGACAAACUGUCUUCGACAAUGAAGGCAUAA